GUGAAACUACAACCUGCAACUUUUAUCAGUAUUGCAGAUCAGACUGAAUUGCAGGUGUGCAGAGAAUGGAGGCAUCCGUACUGUGGGAAGUAUUCUUGCAUAUUGUAACCCCAGAUUUUCUAUGAGAUAGAAAAAGAAGUUGAGUUAAUUUUUAAUUGCUGGACAUUCAAACCUAUAAUUUUAAUAUUUGGAUGCAUGAAAUGCUCAGGGUUGUAAAGCUGUAGGAACUGGUUUGCUGAUCUGCCCCAACGGGUGGAUAUUAUACAUUCACUGGAAUAAACAUACAGCAGAACACUCAACAUGACAAAGCCAGGGGCAGAGCUCAAACUCCAUCCUCUUGCAAAAAGCAAGAGCAGCACACCUUUCAAAUAAGGAUAACCCUUUUGGGCAUACUUUAUAUGACUUUCAUCUCUUCUUUCUCCUUCUAGAAUGAUUCUUCUGGAAAAAAAAAUCAGUUUUUUUUUGGAGAGGAACUGUCUGCACUAAAUGGGAAGAUGAGUAUUAGCAUCUUCAGCUUUUAAAGAGAAACAACUGUUCUUGUGUAUUUUCCAGGAAAUCCAUCUUUAUUAAGAUGGAUUUUAGAUGGAUUUGAUACUGCAUACUUCCAGCCACUUAACACUGAUUUGAAUUACUGGGCUUUGAAACAUUGAAUAAUUCCCACUGAUCUCAGUGGAAACUUGAAGUGAUCAGUGAUGACUGCUCCCAAAGAUCCUAUUCCCCAUUUUAUCCCAGAAUGCCCAGAAAUGAACCAUAUUAAACUGACUCAUUCAGUGGGGCUCUAGAAUGCUAGUGCUCUACAUGGAGAAAUAUUUGGCCCUGACAUAGGUGCCUUUAUCACCACAUUUUAAGCUUUCAUAAAUACUAACAGAAAGACUCUUUGGAAAGCACCAAAAUAAAGUCAGUAGUUCAAGCAACAAUCUCCUUUGAAAAUCAGUGCAAUUUUCUUUAACUGAGGGUUUUACUGUGCUUUUCUUGCCUGUGUAAUUUUCUGCAAAUUGCAGUUUAAGUCUUUUCCUUUUCCCUUUGCUUUUCCCUUUCCCUUCCUUCAGAAUGUGUUAGUAGUAGAGGUACGUAAUGACUGAAGGAGUUGUGGAAUGACACAGAUUUUUUUUUCUCCCUUCUUUUCAAAAUAAUACAUUCUACAUAUAAUAAUUAAGUAUGUUACUGUGCUGCCAGGUUGGUAUGCUCUCAUUUAAUCCACUGACAGUCUGGUUUUCCUUUCCAACUUGAAGGAUUGUUAUAAUAAUUACUGUUUUAUCUCUUUCAGGACAAUAUUGAGACUGGUAGAACAAUGAAAGCUCUACUUUCAAAAAUAAAAGACAAGAAACCAAGGAUAGUAAAAGGUAUAUCCCUGUAAGGUACAAGGAUAAAGCCCCUAACUGACAUCUUCAAAUCAUUUGGCUUGCUCGUUAAAAGGACAUGUCAGAGUCCAGGAAACAGACCAGACUCUCAGAUUUUAAGAAAGCACCCUGAAGGAGAUGAUGCCUAUUACUCUCAGCUCAAGUAUGUGUUGAAUACCAACUGUGCAUUUCAAAGCUACUUACACCACUGAAGUAUAAAAAGAAGAGAAGAAGAACUGUAUUUUCUUACAGAUACUGGCUUUGAAAUUCCAGAUAAAUUCGUGGUUGGAUAUGCUCUUGACACUAAUGACUACUUCAGAGAUUUAAAUGGAGUUGCACAUCUGAGUUCUGAAAGAGAAUGCAAAAGAGACAUACAGGAUGUCAUAAUGUCAGUCUUCUGGAGCACUAAUUCUUGGCUGCUGAUUAGGUGAUAAACCAUUACACGAGGAAAUUACUUCUGCUCUUUGUGUGUCCCUAAGAACCAGAAGCUACCUGUUACUGUCCAGACCUGCAGCUCGCUGAUUCCCACUUGUACUAUGCGCUGAACACCAACUGUUGAGACCCUGGGUUUUUCCCGUCGCGAAGGAGCAGCCCGGAGCUGGGGACGGGGGUCUGGCGACGAGGAGCGUUGCCACCGUGCACGUCACGUUCCGCGCCCCGGAGCGGAUUCCUCCCCCUCCGCCCGGAGACCGAGGGGUGCGCCAAGGCUGGAAGGAGGGGGGCUCGCGGCCCGCCCGGCGUCACCGCCCCCGGCCCGGCCCCGACAAUCGAGUGCCGCGGUUGCCGGGGAACCGCGGGCGCGGCCACAGCGGCUGUGACGGCGCCGCCGCUUCAGUCGCCGCAGAACGCGUUCCGGGCUGUUCGCAGCCUGGGCUCGUGCAACGGCUACAUUCAGCGAUUUGACAAGCGAUUUGACAAAUUACUUGUUCACAGAGCAUUGGUCUCUGUGAGCAUUGGUCUCUGAACUCGCGAGCUUGGUCUCUGCGAGGGUGUACUGAAUUUCAUUUGAAGGUAAAGAUUGAAGUUGUACUUUUUGGUUUUUUCACAUCUGUGCUCGGAAAGAGAUUUCCAAAGGGAAAUACAGGAUGGGAUAAGGCCAGUCUUCUGGCACAGCAGUUCAGUGUCUAUAUGGUCUACUGAUUAUGCCUUUUUUUUUUUCCACUGAAGAAAUGCAGAGUUCCCUAUAUGCACUAGUCUAUACCUUUUUUUCCUGCAGCGAUUAUUUAAAGGUGAAUGAGUUCUGUUCAAGUUUCAGUGGGUUGUUAUGAUCCAGUUAUUAAAAUUAUUAGGGAGAUGCCCCUGAAUUAAAGUGCAAACAAGACCAUACGCCAAAGUCAAUAGUCUGGAUUUUAUGUAACAGUAAAUGUGAAGAAGAGAGAGAGAGAAAUAGAGAAGGGAGUUGGGGAGGGGAAGAGAAAUAUAGAGUGACAGAUUAAAUAGAAAGUAGAAGGUAUCACCAUUGCAUGGAUCUCACUGGCAUACCAUUCAAUCCUCUUCUGGUCUUCUCUGUGGUGAGGUCUCACAAAACAUAAGACUCCAAUGGAUUAAUGCAGAUUUGGGCAAGGUGGGACUGCCCAGGUAGCUCCCUAGGGUGGGGCAAAUUAGACUGUCUCUGGCUACUUUCAAAUAAUAUAAAAUCUUUAGCACCAGUAUAUCCUUUUGAGCCUGCUGUGAAUUGGGUUGUGGAUUUUCAGAUCUGUUGUGUUACUUGCAUGCCAUGCAGCCAUCUGGUGCAAGGCCUCAGGAAUGGCUCUGGGGCACUCUGGAGGUCUUUGAUGGGUUCUGACACCCCCUCAGCUGCCCCUGAUGGGAAUGUCCCCUGGAUGUGGCCUUCUGGGGCUGGGGGGUUUUAGAGCUGAGCCAGUUUGUCUGAGGGAGGAUGGGUGUCCAUUGCCCCUUACCAGAGGUUGUGCCACAUACCCAAAAUUUCCUCCUUCCCCCUCUGUUGAUGGGAGGUUUGUAUGCAAACCUGGCCUCAGCAGAUGAGUCUGUGGCUAUGACUUCCCCAGCCUGAAGGCAGACAGAGCUGAUUUUCAGGACAGGUGCUGUGUUUGCCUUUGUUGUGGGUACAUUUUUCUACAUUUUUUUAGCCUUUUUACAUUUUUUUAGCCUUGUUUAGUUCUCCCCAGACCUGCGAUAACAGGACAAGAGUGUCACCUUUAUCUUGUCUCAAGUUCCCUUAGGUGGCUUACCUCACAGUGCCAAGUUCCAGUCAGGAGGCAUUUUCAGGGAGGGGUGGGCUUCAGUGGUAGCAGCUUCUUGAUUCAGUUUUGUCAGAAUGGGCAAAAAGUCCUUUAUAACAAAAUUUAAGCCAUUAGCCAUAACAUUCCAGUCUCUCACAAGUCCUGUGAGGAGCAGCUGAGAGAGAAGAGAUGGUUUAGCCUAAAGAAGAGGAGGCCCACUCUAGCCAUUUUUAAGUAAUAUUUAAGCUGCAGCUCUGUCUGUUCCAACUAUUAUUAAUGUUCAGCUUUUUAGCUCCAGGUUUCAGUACGAUCCAUCUUUGAAUUGCACAACAUAGCCAUAUAGUUCAAAUAAACUCCAACUAGAGGCCGAAAAACACUAGCUACUUAUGCCAAACAAGCACUCAACUACUUUCAAAUAAUAUAAAAUUUUUAGCACCAGUAUAUCCCUUGACUCUGCCAUGAAUUGGGUUCUGGAUUUUCAGAGUUCCAUUGUUGUUCCUUCCAGUUUUGUUGAGGCGUUGUCGCUCAUCUGCGACAUCCUCCCUUCAACAUGGCGUCUGGAUUGCAAAAGAAGACACCAACACCUCGUCUUUUGACCCGGGAAAUGCUGAAAUCUUUUACUCUGCUUCCCUCUAAGUUCCUGAGGGAGAAGCUUCUCGGCACAAAGAAGGAGGCCAGCACUGGGAAGAGUAUGCUGCCCAGAAUUGGCCCACUUCAAGACCCAAGUGAGACUCGUCAAAAGUUGUUGUCAGGUCCCCCAAAACAGAGCUCGCUUGGGGUUUCCCCGCCAGAGAUGGUAUUUCAAAACUUCAUCCCUCAUGAGGUCUCUGAAAUGGUGCUGACUCUCAUUAAUAACAACAAGUUUCCUCAGAUGGUGAAAGUCUCCAUGGAGAGCUCACCUUACUUCCAGCUCAUGUGCUCCAACGACGCGUACCGUGUGGUGCUGCCGGGCGCAUCUGUCCCUGUGCGCAUCCGCUUCACCCCCGACGAGAACAAGAAUUAUUCCCACAAGCUCAUCUGCAUCACUGCAAGGGAAAGGAUACUUGUGCCCAUUCGGGCCAUUGGUACUCAAGCUGUCCUGGACUUCCCUGCCCAGCUGGACUUCUCGGUGUGUCCAGUCAAGUGCAGCACCCAGAGGACUCUGCUGGUCCGCAACACUGGUAACCUGGAAGCUCGUUACCAGCUGAGCACCCAGAGUCCUUUCUCCGUGGUGCCGGCCACAGGAACUCUGGGCGCUGGUGGCACCGUGCAGGUGACAGUGGGAUUUCACCCGCUGACCAAAGGUGACCAUUCCGGGUCCCUGUGCUGCAAAACAGGUGAAGAAAUUAUUCUCACAAAGCUCCAUGGAGAAGCUGUAGAUGUCGAUGUCGGGUUGAGCACAAAUUCUGUGGACGUUGGCAAGACUUUCAUCACCAUGUCAAGACACAAAACCAUGUUUAUCGAAAACAGGAGUAACAUCACAGUCCACUUUCAGUGGAAGGCUUUUCCUACUGAGGAAGAUGAGAAGGAAGAGAAGAAGAGGCAGCGUCGUUUGCUGCACCCACCGACUAAGGUGCGGCUGGAAAAAUUGAAGGAGGAGAAAAAAACAGAGAAGGACUCUUUUGAAGAUCGCAUUGCCCUCAUGAGAAGCAUGGUCCAGGGGAAAAUGGCAAAGGUCCAAGAAGACUCCAUGCUGUUCUCCAAUGACUUUUUUUUCAUUGAGCCAAUGGAGGGAGAAAUCGGGCCGAAUUGUUUGGCUGAAAUCAAGGUGACCUUCAAACCCGUAGAGACACUAGAGUACCAAAGUAUGGCUUACUGCGACAUCUCAGGUGAAACUUAUUAACAAAGGAGCUCUUGAUGCUCCCUUCACCUAUAUCCCCUCAACCACAAACGUGGGCUCCUGCUUCAAGUUUCUACCCAAGGAGGGCAUCAUUGCACCAGGUGGGAGCCAGACUGUGCAGAUCUCCUUCA